AAAUGGUUCAUUCAUCAAAAGAAAGUCGUUAUACCCUCCUUGCACACGCGUCCAUCCAGGAAUCCAUUCAAGGAUUUCUUACAAGAAUUUUGUUUUGGAAAAAUACAUAAAAAAGAUACAAUCGAUAUCUACAACACCCAUAACUCAAAUUUAAAGUUUAAAUAUAAAAUUUUGUGAACAAAAAAAAUAAAAGAUUUUAAUGUAAAACUUCUCAAAAAUAAUUUAACAAAAAUAAACCUAAAUUCUUCCAAAGUGCCAUAUUGAGUGUUUUUCAAUCGAGAAGAAGGAGUUUUUUGAAAAAACAAAAGUGAAUUUAUUUUGCAAAACAACACAAAGUUUUUAGUAAUUGUGAAAAACCGCCGCAAGGUGGUUUUCUAUGUUCAUUUGUUGAAUUCUUCCGUAUCUCAACGUGCCAUUUAUAUCCAGGCGGCGUAGCCCCUGGAACCCCAUCAGCGGCCAUGAUCAUGGAAGGGCUUGAAACCCUUGUGGCGCCAUCGCAUCACGCAUUCCUGCUUACUGAGUCCGCAGCGGCAGCUCAUUUUAAUGUUUUAAGCUUUGAUACAUGCUUAUUUAAGACUACUGCCCAGACCAGUCCAUCAACAGCACCCGUUUCGGUAUCUUCAGCUGCUUCUUAUCUCUCGAAUCCGUCGGGUUUUGGCAGUGGCUUGGGUGCUCAAACAUUGCUCCAUUAUAGUUUAUCAUCGUCGUCAUCAUCAUCGUCACAGCAACAACAAGAAAACCAAACUAAUAGCAGUAGUAGUUCUCAUCACCAUAGCCAUCAUCAUCACCAUCAUCAACAACAACAUCACCAAUCAUCAUCUCAAAGUAGUGGUAGUGUGCAAAACGUCAGCAGUCAAAAUACACGCAUCACCGAUAGUUCAACACCGUUGUCAUCGGGCAUUAUUAGCAGUACUGGUGCUGCAUCAGCACAGACAACAACCAUCAGUACAUCAUCUAGUGGCCCAAACAGCAGUGGUUCGGGUAGAAGCUCAGCUUCACAUUUGAGUUUAUUGAACACCAGUUCUGGUUCUGAAGCUAAUAAACAUCACCAUCAUCAGCAUACGCACACUCAACAGCAGCAAACGCACUCUCAUCAGCAGCUUCAUCCCGGUCCGGAUUGUGACGACGCACAGACUGGGGAUUUGAAUACGCCCGUAACGACAUCUAGUGAUAUCCCGUCGUUCUUUGGGCCAUCGACUGUUGUUGAACCACCUCCAAUUACAGGUUCAAUUGCAUCUGAGGAUCUCUCACUUGAGCCCCAGACCGCCGUACCCAGUCCGGUGUUGUGUAGUCCACUGAAGGAGGAACGCAGCACCCCACCCACACUGAUAGUUAAGGAAGAAACAAGUAAUAAUAGUUGUACAAUGUAUCCAACACAUCUUACAAAUAGUCAAACCACAACAUCAACAACAACAUUAGGCAAUAAUAGCAAUACACACAAUAAUAAUUCAAUAAGUGCCAGUAAUAGCAAUAAUAACACAAACCCCCAUUCUCACCAUCGGCAUGGCCAACAUGGCAAUAGUUCACCACACCAUCGUCAUAACAUACAACAACACAAUAACAGUCAACAUAUGAAUCAACACCAACAACAACAACAACAAAACCAAAUACACCACCAGAGUCAGUUACAUCAACAACAUCUACAACAACAACAACAACAACAUCACAACACACAACACCACCAACAACAACAACAACAUCAACACCAUCAACAACAACACCACUCACACCUUCAACAACAACAACAACAUUCUCACCACCAACAGCAACAACAACAACACCAAAGUAGUGGUAAAAUAUCAUAUCGUGGCAUUUUCACCACUACAGGUAACCCAUCAAUGGGUGGACUAUCAGCUGCAGCAGCAGCAUCAGCAUCGCAGUUGAACUCACCACAGCUGAGUGUAUUACCUAGCCAGAUGUCACCACCAUCGGCUGGCCUAGGCAGCAGCUGGGGUCUCCCAAGUCCCGACAAGACGCUCUUUCAACCGCCGAUGUUCGGUCUCCUUGGCCCCGGUCCCCAAAAUACCAAUGCCCAAGCUCACUACGCUCCACAAACAUCUGCCAGCAGUCCAUCACCAUCAGCACAUCACAUGCACUCCGCAUACAGCGAUGAACGUAAUCCUCAACAUGUCGAACUGCUUGGUUUGAACAUGGACUGCUCCAGUAUAAUUUUGAAACAACCGCCUCCCAGCUACAGCAGUGGAUGUGUGUCGAGCAUAGAUCUGCAACCUAGCCAGUCAAGUCAAGAUCUCAACCAGUAUGCCCGUCAGCAGUUGACAACUUCCAAAUAUCAGUGGUUGGACUCUUCUACUGAGUACGGUAGCCCGCAGCAGUCGCUAGUGGUUCCCGGGCCUUCAUCGUCCGCGUCUUCCACCUCAGGACUGAUACCAAAACAAGAGGCUUACAGCGACCACCAUAUGCAAACUCCGACGGGCUCGCAAUCAGGCUAUUCGGUUGUUCAGUUAGCCGAAUACAGUCCAUCUACCAGCAAAGGUCAUGAAAUCCUCUCCCAGGUCUACCAACAGAGUACAUUGCCACUCAAACUCGUGCCAGUAAAGCCCCGAAAAUACCCAAACCGCCCAAGCAAAACCCCAGUUCAUGAACGCCCCUACGCAUGCCCCGUCGAGAACUGCGAUCGUCGAUUUUCACGCUCCGACGAACUCACCCGCCAUAUUCGCAUCCACACUGGCCAAAAACCGUUCCAGUGUCGCAUCUGUAUGCGAUCCUUCAGCCGCUCAGAUCACCUUACAACACAUAUUCGAACGCACACCGGCGAGAAGCCCUUCUCCUGCGACAUUUGUGGACGGAAAUUCGCUCGUUCCGAUGAAAAGAAACGUCACGCUAAAGUCCACCUCAAGCAACGCAUAAAAAAAGAGAGCAAACUCAGCCAACAGCAACAACAACACCAACAAGCCGCAGCAGCAGCAGCAGCGGCGGCAGCACAACACCACCACCAACAGCAGCAGCAGCAGCAGCAACAACAACAACACGCCCACCACAUGUUGCAUUCCGGUGAUCUUUCUAUUGUGACAACAAGUGCAACAAGUUUGUAGGUCGAGGAAAGUCUAUCGUCGAUUGAUUCUUUUGUAAAUUUUCCCAUCGAAGCUACGUGGAAAGAUUUCGAUAAUGCAGAUAUUGACAUUGACGACGACGGCGUAAACAACAAUAACAACAACAACGACAAUGAUAAUAAUAACUCUGAUAAGGCCGACGACGAUAACGUUAUGGCCAACAAAAGUCAAGCGAUCGCAGCAGAUGACAUAAGUUGCAAAGAUGCAUCCACAGGAACUGCACCAAAAGCACCUGUAUCAACAGUUUCUGUUGGAACUUCAACAUCAGAUGUUGACAGUUUAUCUGGUAUAACAAGCAUACCAUUUACAAUUAUAGCUCGAAAUAACAAUUAUAAUAAUAGCAACAAUAGUAACAAUAAUCGGGAUUUGCUUAUAUUACUUUUAACACAAUAAGUUUGAAAUAUUCAACAAACAAAAGAAAGUAAAAUGUGAGAGAAUUUUUGAAAUAAGAUACAAUGUUCAAGAUCGAAAAUGAAGACGUAUAAUUUUCGAACACAGUCUCAGAAGAGUUGCUACUAAAAGAUUUAAUAUAAUUUGGUAGAUCCCUUGUUCUUGAAUCAUUUCCAAAACCAUGUUUUUAGUAUCCGUGAUUUUCACACUCAGUUUCAAAAGCAUAUAUUAUAAUUUUUACGAUGAUUUGAGAAAGUUAUACAAGCUUAGCUUGUUAAGGAUGUGCUCCUCAAAUAAUUUUCUUCUACAAUCUUCAAUAUAUUCAAAGACCGUUCGCAAAAAAAGUAAAAACUUUAUAAGUACUCGAGAUGAAAAAACAUUAUACAACUUCCUUUGAAAUGGUUUUGCAAUCGUAAAUUCAUAAAGAUAUGUCUACAACAAUUUUUAAUGAUCACUUUAAGUAGAAGACCUUCAAUGAACUCUCAAAAACCCAUUACGCAUAAAGUAAUUUAUAUUUUAUAUAUCUCUAUUUUUUAUUUCUUGAUCGCAGACAUUGAUUAGUUUUUCAAAAGUGUCACCAGGUACCUAUAAAAAUAGUAAAAAAAAAAUAGAAGAAAAAAAGUGACCAGCGCCAGCCAGCCAGCGUGGGUCUUUGUUUAAGAAGUUGUAAGAACAACUUUUAGCCUCAAGCUGAUAAAUGAUUGAGCGUUUGAAUUUCUUGUCUUGCUAUUAGUUUUUGUUUUUAAUUUUACUUGCUGAUGGGCGAUUGGUCAUAAAACCAACAAAUUGCAAUGAGCUCAUAUAUUUAUUAAAAUUGAUCUUGAACAAAAAAACUUAAGAAAUUCUCACACAUUUAAGGUAUGGUAAAAAUACGAAAUAAUGCCAAACGACAAAAAGAAACUAAAUCAAUUGCCAUAAAAUAAAAAAUAAAUAAAAUUUAAUGAAGAAAUUAUUCCAUCAGGUUCAUAAUUCUAAUAUAUUUAAUGUUAUAUUCCCUCAAUAUCCAACAAUCAUUGUUAGUCAAUCAAAUUACAAAAAUUUAAGCCCUUAAAAAUAAUAACAAAUAUUCAACAAAAUCUAAAAGUUAAACAAUACAAAAUACAAUACCUAUGUACAUCUUAUAAGCUUUGCUCCUGCAAUCGCAAAAUAAAAAUCAUGCAAAAUGAAAUGAAUAAUCGAUGUAGCAAAUAUGAAUCAAUCGAUAAAUAACAACUAAAAACAAAAAUACAAAACAAAAAUAUGGUUGUAAGAAAUUAAAAAAUUCUUUAAGUAAGUUAAAAAAAGAAUACAAAAAUAUUUAAGACAUUUUUACCUAGAUAUCAAAACAUACAAUAAAAAAACAUUUUAAAAUUUAAACGUAUACUUUACUAAUCAAAAUAAAAAAAUAUGUCAAAUAGAAAAUUAAAUCAAGAAAAAUGUGCUUAUACCUAUACAUGUCGACUAUAAACAAAAAUAAAACUAAAAAUUACUAAGUAAACAACCUAAUUAACAAAAACAAGCAAAAUUAAGCUUUGUAAAUUAUGAAAUAAUUGUAUUUCUUAAAGAAAUAAAUUUAUAUUAAUUUUUUUUCUUUUCUUUUUAUUCAAUUUAAUAUUUAAAAAAAAAAACAUAACAAAACAAAAUAAAUUCAAAUUUAAACAAAAAACAAAAUGAAACUUAUAUCUCUAAUACUGUGAUCUCAUGUGUAAUUAUUUUGUAAAUAAAAUAACUUUAAAUUUUUUAUAAUUAUAAUUAAUAAAUUAAUAAUUUAAAAAAAUAAUAAAUUAUGUAUUUUAUCUGUUUAUUUUUUGUAUGUAAUAUUAUUGAAUCAGCUUUCAUAAUUUUUUUUGUUUACUAAUUUUCAUUAAAUUAAAUUAAUAACGAUUUUUUUACAUUAUGUUAAGCUAUUAAUAUUAUUUAACUUUAUUAUCGUAUACUAGGAUAGGGUUUUUUUGAUAUGAUUCAAUCAUAUUUAUUAACUUAAACAAAAUUAAAAAUAUAAAACAAAAUAAAAUAUUAAAAACAAAUUAACACUAGACAAGUAAUUUUUUUUAAAUGACAAGCAUAAAAAAAAAAUAGAACAAAAUAAUAAAUGCAAGCAAAACUUCCUUAUUUGAUUUAUAAAAUCAUUGUUGAAAUUAUAAGUAUAAAACAAACAAACAAAAUAAACUUAAUGAAAAAUGUUACAUUUUUGUUUCAAUAAAUUAUUUAUAAAAAAAAACAAAAAAAAAUAAGAAAAAUUUAAUUUAACAUUAAUAUUUUGAAUUUAAAUUGCAGACCUACAAAUUAUACAGCUAUUAAUAAACUACACUUCAACUGAUACUUAGAGAAUAGAAAGACAAGACAUAGAAGAAAAGAAAAAAUAAAUAAUAAAAUAAAAAAAAACACAAAAUAAAACAAACAAUGAAAAUAAAUAUUUAUUUUUAAUAAUAACUCUAAAAUGAUUUUGUUUUAUUUUCGUAUUUGCAUCCAUGGUUUUUUCCUCAGUUUCUCUUUUGUUGGGUUCGUUUUAUUUUAGUUUUAUUUUGUAAGAAAUGAUUUUCGAAUUUACUUUAAACAUGAAACACAAUAUUUUGGAUUUAGACACAGAAGCAUAUUAAACAAAAACACACGUCUUUUUGGCAAAAUUUUAGAGUUUAAAACAGGUAUACCAACAUUGCAACCAACAUUAUUUAAAAAGUGAUUUCUUUCUAUAACAAGUCAUGGGAUUUCAAAUCCAUGCAAUAAGACUAAAACAUACCAUUUAAUCUUUACUUCACAAAGAACAACCGUCUUAUUGCAAGAGUCAAUUGUCAAUAAUUGAUAGGUAACAAAUAUCAAAUUUUUGUAUUUUAACACACCAAAUGAUCAAAGUUUUCUGUAUUGCGAAUGAUUCAUACAAUUAAAAAUUAAAAGGCUAUUAAAAUAAUGUUUUUUUUUUAUGAAUGCAAUCAUUUGAACUCAUUUCUUGAAUUGAGAUUGCAUUAAUUUAUUUUACCUUAAGAUUGUAACUUAAAAUUUAGCAAUCACUAAUCAUUUGACCUUAAAAAAAACUGCAAUCAUUUUAUCUCCAAUUAUUUGAAUGCAAUAAAUUGAUUGCAAUCUUUUGAUACUUAUGCAUUCCUCGAAUUCACUUAAACUC